CCCACCAAUAACAAUGAUUCUCAAUUCUCCACCGAGUCAGAAAGUCCAAACAAUUCUCCCAUGCAUGCAUCUCACAUGCAACGUAAUAACACGUCCAUGCAGUCUCCUCCCUCCUCCCAUACUACGUCCCCCUCAUCACAAAAUAUUAUUCCUGUUGAAUCUCCCCCACGUCGCAUAAUUACUCGGUCUAUGAAUAAUAUUCAUCGUCCCAUUCAUAAACUCAAUCUCAACUCUACUGUUUCUUCCGUGUCGCCUGAACCCUGUACUGUUAAGGAAGCCCUAUCUGACCCAAAUUGGCGUCAUGCUAUGUCCGAAGAGUUCAAUGCUCUUAUAAAAAAUGGCACUUGGACGUUGGUUUCUCGUACUGGUCAGGAAAAUAUAGUCGGCUGUAAAUGGGUCUUCCGUACUAAACGGUUGUCUAAUGGUACUAUCGACAGGUACAAGGCCCGAUUGGUUGCUAAAGGCUUUCACCAGCGACCCGGAGUGGAUUAUACAGAGACUUUCAGUCCCGUUAUUAAGCCCACAACAAUUCGGCUGGUUUUAUCUCUAGCCGUCAGUCGCGGCUGGCCUCUUCGCCAAAUUGAUGUUAAUAAUGCCUUUUUGCAGGGACAUCUAUAUGAUGAUGUUUAUAUGCUUCAGCCCCCCGGGUUUGUUGAUCCUACCAAGCCUACUCAUAUCUGCCGGCUCCACAAAGUUCUAUAUGGGCUUAAACAGGCUCCACGGGCAUGGUAUCAAGAACUCAAGAAUUUUCUUCUUCAGCUUGGAUUUAUUAAUUCCAAAGCCGAUACCUCCCUCUUUGUUUAUCAUCAUGCCAAUCAUAUUAUUUAUAUCCUAGUCUAUGUCGAUGACAUAGUUAUUACAGGUAGCUCCACGGCCUUUGUUGAGGACUUAAUAGUUAAUCUUGGCCGCCGAUUCUCUCUUAAAGAUUUGGGUGCUCUCUCAUUUUUUCUUGGCAUUGAAGUUAUAUCUCAUCCUCAUGGUAUUCUUCUUUCUCAACGACGAUAUAUUUUGGAUCUUCUAUCUCGGACAAAGAUGACGUCAUGCAAUGGUGUGACUACUCCCCUUGCUUCUACUUCCAAGCUUAGCAUUAAUUCGGGCAAGCCACUUGCAGACCCAGAAGAAUAUCGAUCCGUGGUCGGCAGUCUACAAUAUUUAGCUCUUACGCGGCCUGACUUAUCUUAUGCUAUUAACAAAUUAUCUCAAUUUCUUCAUCGGCCUACGACUGAUCAUUGGGAAGCUGUAAAACGCGUGUUACGUUACCUCCGUCACACGACCGACCAUGGUCUUCUCCUACGCCGUUCUUCUGCACUAUCAUUGCAUGCCUAUUCUGAUGCUGACUGGGCUGGCAAUCCUGAUGAUUACACUUCUACCGGGGCUUUUGUUAUUUUUCUUGGUCCUAAUGCUAUCUCAUGGAGUUCACGCAAGCAACGCACGGUGGCUUGGUCCUCUACAGAGGCCGAGUACCGCUCUGUUGCUACUACUGCCGCCGAACUACGCUGGAUUUUAUCUCUUCUGACCGAGCUCCAUGUUGUCAUUCCUACUCAGCCCGCUAUCUACUGUGACAAUGUGGGUGCUACACAUUUGUGUGCUAAUCCUGUGUUUCACUCUCGUAUGAAGCAUCUUGCAUUAGACUAUCACUUCAUUCGUGAACAUGUUCAAAAUGGUAUUUUUCGGGUUUCUCAUGUUCGCUCUGAAGAUCAAUUAGCUGAUUCUCUAACUAAACCUCUUCCGCGGCGCCGGUUUCAUGAUCUUCAUCUCAAGAUUGGAGUUCUUCCCAGACCCUCCAACUUGCGGGGGCAUAUUGGAGAUAAAUCAUAAUAAUAUUAAUAUUUGUACUUAAUAAACAUUUAUGUAAUUAUCUCAUAGUUAGUUAGAUAGCUCUUAUCUCCUUAUUUGUACUCCUAUAUAUACUCUUGUAUACUUCAAAUGUUAAGUGUGAAUAUACAUUAUUUCUUCUCUCAAA